GAAGAAGAAAAAGACAGUCCCCAUGGUUUAAUGUCAGUGGCUCGACUUUCCACGAGGUUGAAACUUUAUAAUUUUAUACAAAAUCUCUCUGCUCAGACCCUUAAAAUGCUAAUCUCUUUUGGCCUACUUCUUCUUCUUCUUCUUCCUUGUCAGAUUCUCUGUAGAAAAUCCAUGAAUCCAUCUCCUCCCCCUAUCUAAAGCUCCCUCUUCUUCUCUUCUAACGUUUGCUCUGUUUCAGAAGCUUCCAGAAGCAUCAAUGGCGGAGUUCAUCUGUUUAUACGGAAAGGACAGUGCAGCGAUUGUAAUAAAGCAACCAAAGAGAUCACCUCUGUUCCUAAGAAUGAUAGUUUUGGUGUUUGCAAUGGUCUGUGUAAAGUAGCUCGAACACACACACGAUUAUAAAGAACUUGCUCUCUUUAUUGAAUGCCUUAGAAAAUAUGCUCAAAACUAAAACACUCCUCUAUCGUUAUAUCAAUACCACAACUCGGUAUGUAUAUAUAUAUUAGAGUAGAUUUCCUUUUCCUAAUAGUUAUAGAUAACUCCUAAGACUACUAGGUUUAUCUUAAGCUUGUCUUAUCCUUAUCCAACUUGAUAAAGGAUAUCUUGAGCUUCAAGCUAUCAAAGCUUACCCAACAUUCUCCUUCUUGAGCUUUGAAUCCUUCUUAGACAAGUCUUGAACUCCUAUCAAGUCUCUCAUCUCAACGAACAUGAUUCUUGCCAAAGCUUUCGUGAGGAUGUCGGCCUUUUGUAAUGUUCCUGGUACAUGCUCGACGUCGACGAGCUCUCUCUCAAUGCAUUCUCGAAUGAAAUGGUACCGUUUAUGUAUGUGCUUGCUCUUGCCGUGAAAAACAGGGUUCUUGGUAAGCUCUAUAGCCGACUUGUUAUCAAUCUUGAUAAGGACUCUUUCUACCUUCCAGCCCGUGAUCUCGCUUAGAAGGUCUUGGAGCCAUAUGGCCUGGCGUGCUGCUUCAGUUGCGGCCAUAAACUCUGCCUCGCACGAUGAGAGUGCAACUGUGUUCUGUUUCUGUGAACACCAAGUGAUCGGUGAGGUUCCAAAGUAAAACAUGUGACCCGUGGUGCUUCUUCCAUCGUCUUGGUCUAUGUUGUGACUGCUAUCACUAUAGCCAGUCAGUUUCUUUGUCCCUUCUCGUUUGUAUUUUAGCCCAUAUGCAGAAGUUCCUUGUAGAUAUCUCAUAAUUUGCUUCAUGAUGUCGCCAUGUGACUUUCGAGGCCUUUGCAUGUAACGACUAGCCACACUGACUGAGAACGCAAGGUCCGGUCGUGUGUGAAGUAAAUAUCGUAAACAUCCCACGUUUCUUCUGUAUUUCGUUGCGUCUAUCUCUUCUUCUUCUUCAGCUUUUGAAACCUUCAGACCAAACUCCAUUGGUAUCUUGGUCGCAUUACAUGUUUCUAAGCCGACUUCUUGUAGAACCUUUCUUGCGUAUGCUUCUUGCUUAAGUUCUAUUCCAUCAUUACCUUGAUGAACUUCUAUCCCAAGAUAAUAGGUGAGCUUCCCUAGGUCAGACAUCUCAAACUUCGAUGACAUCCCUUUCUUGAACUCAUUUAUAGUAUUGAUGCUGUUUCCGGUUAUAAAAAGAUCGUCUACGUAUAUCGCAACGAUAAGGAUCGCAUCCUUUUGUUCUUUGCGGUACACGGCAUUCUCCUUUGAGCAUCGAGUGAACUUCAUUCCUUUUAGCACUUGAUCUAGCUUAGUAUUCCAAGCUCGUGGAGCUUGUUUUAACCCAUAUAAAGCUUUUGAUAACUUGUAGACCUUCUUCUCCUUGCCUUUAGUUUCAAAACCUUCAGGCUGUUCAACGUACACAUCUUCCUUUAGCUCACCGUAUAGGAAAGCUGUCUUGACGUCUAAGUGAUGGAUUUGCCACCCGUGUGACGCUGCUAGAGCACUUAGAAGUCUUAUGGUUUCAAGUCUUGCAACCGGUGCGAAAACUUCAUCGUAGUCGAGGCCUGAUUCUUGUACGUACCCUUUAGCUACAAGCCUAGCUUUAAACUUCUUGAUAGUACCAUCAGCAUUCCUUUUGAUUUUGAAAAUCCACUUGAGACCAAUUACCUUAGCUCCUAUCGGUCUAUCAACAAGAUACCAUGUCUUGUUCUUGUUGAUUGAGUCUAUUUCUUCUCCACAAGCAUCAGUCCACUUUGACCACCCUUUUGCUUCUCGGUAGGUCCUUGGUUCGUCGUUUAUGGACAGAAGAAGACUCUCGAUGUCUAGUUCUGCUUGUAGAACAUAAUCAUCUAGGUACCGAGGUUUGUUGCUUUGUCGUGUUGAUUGCCGUGUUGGUUGUUGUUGAGGUUGAGGUUGAACAUCUUGAUCAAUAUCGUUCUCUUGAUCUUCGUUUUGUUCAUUGUGCUGAUCGUUGUUCUCUUGUUGUUGAUCUUCACCAUCGUUGAUCACAACCGGUCCUUGUCCUGCAUCAAUGACUUCUCCCCACUUCAUCUGGAACAUGCCUGGAUCUCGCGUUGCCCCAGUGUCUUUAUUCCAAUUCCAGCCUUUCUUUUCAUCAAACACGACAUCACGGUUUACUACAAUUCUUCGUGUUUCCGGAUUGUAAAGCCUAUAAGCUUUGGAUCCUGGCUCUGUUCCAAGAUGAACCAAAACCAACGAUCUGUCGUCUAGCUUCUUGAGCAUUGCACUGUCUAUCUUUGCAUAUGCUAAGCAACCGAAAACCCUUAUAUGGUUUAGGUUUGGUUUCUUUAUCCGCAAGCUUUCGUAUGGCGUCAUGUUCUUAAGAGCUCUCGUUGGUACUCUGUUGAUAAUAUAGGUUGAAUGUCGAACUGCUUCGCCCCAUAGGUAGUUUGGUACCUUCAUUGCCUUAAGGAUGCUCCGUGUCAUCUCCAUCAACGUCCUGUUCCUCCUUUCCACCACACCGUUUUGCUGUGGUGUGUAUGGUGCCGUAAGGUGUCUUUUGAUGCCGUUGUUGUCGCAGAAAUCUUUGAACUCUAAUGACGUGAACUCACCUCCUCGAUCAGUUCUUAGAGUCAUGAUUCUUGUGUUUAGAUCUCUCUCCACUAGCUCUUUAAACGCCUUGAAUCUACUGAAUGCAUCGCUCUUUUCUUUCAUCAAGAUAGACCACAUGUAUCUCGAGAAGUCGUCUAUUAUCACAAAUAUGUAUUUGUUAUUUGCGAUGGUAGAUGGCGUAAUAGGGCCACACAGAUCAGCAUGUAGUAGUUCCAAUGGUUUUGAAGCUCGGAAUGUAGCUGAUUUUGGGAAGGUUUGUCGAGUUUGCUUGCCCACCAAGCAAGACUCGCAAAGUCUUUUCUCGUCUUCUAUCUUAGGUAAACCUUGCACCAUCUCUUGUUGGGACAUCAACUUUAUUGUUUUAAAGCUUACAUGUCCUAACCUUGCAUGCCACUUCCACGUUUCAUCUUCUAGCUUUAGAUUUAGGCACAUAGGCUUGCCGAUCUUGAGUUUUAUCUUGUACAAUCUGUUUAGUGAUCUGGUUACUUUAACCAAUAAUCUCCCGUUUGGAUCGUGUACCGUUAGGUAGUCUAGUCUCAUCCUUACGUCGCAUCCCACUUCCGUAGCUUGUCCUAGACUUAGGAUGUUGCUCUUGAGAUCAGGAAUGUAGUAUAUGUUUGUAACUAGCUUUUGUUCUCCGGUUUUUCCUUGAAAUAUGAUUGAUCCUUUGCCUUCUAUGUUGACAUGCGAAUCAUCUCCAAAUUUCACUUUGCCUUUGAUAUUGCGAUUAAGUUCUGAAAAAUAUGACACAUUCCCUGUCAUAUGAUUACUGGCUCCGUUGUCUAAGUACCAAAUAUCUUCUUCUCCUUUCUUGGUUUCGUAUUUCUUUGGCACCAAGUUUUCUUCGUUUAAAAAUACAAUCUCGUGCAUGUAAAGGGAUGGAUCAGCUUCUUCUGUCUCCACUUUGUUUGCCUCUUGUAUCUUUUGGAGUCUCUCAGGACAUACGGAUGCAAAGUGGCCAUUCUUAUCACAUCGGAAACAAACAAUCUUUGAUCUGUCCUUCUUCUCCUUUUCUUGACUUUGAGUUUGAUUAUUUGUUGUGUCUUGUGAGUUUCCUCUGCCCCUUCCUCGUCCUCUGUAUCCUCUUCCUCCACGACCACGGCCUCUUCCUCGAGCUCCAUUGUUUUGAUAUGAAUCUGAAUAUAAGAGCUUUCCUUGUGUAUCUUGAUCGUCAUCAAGAAUUCUUUCUUCAUAAGCUUUCAAUCUCCCGAUUAUAUCUUCAAACGGAGUAGUAUUUAAAUCCAAAAUUUGCUCGAGAGAUGCUGUGAUCUGUAUGUACUUGCUCCUUGGUAGACUAUUUAAGAAUUUCUUCACUAGAAUAUUUUCUUCAAUGAUCUUUCCAAGUGCCGCUGAUUUAGACGCCAUCUCUGAUAACUUCCCCGAGAAGCUAUCUAUUGUGUCUGAAUCUUUCAUCUUGAUCCUGUCGAACUCAGUCAUGAGGGUUUGUAGACGUGCUUCUUUGACACGAUCAGCUCCUACGUUGCGUGCUUUGACCGCGUCCCAUAUCCCUUUGGAAGUCUCUUGCUCGCCAACUUGCAGUAUCAUAGACUCCGGGAUUGCUUGAAACAAUAAGCCAAUUGCGAUAUUGUUCUUGUCUAUAUCCUCCAUACCAGGUUCGAUGGUUUCCCAAACCUUAUAGAUCUUCAAUAAGACUUUCAUCCUCAUGCUCCAUACCGUAUAGUUUGUAGCGUUCAGUAUGGGGCAUUGGAUUGUUGGUGGUGUGAAUUCCUUAGUGCGUAUAAUGGUGUUGUCGUCUCCCAUGAUUGUAACCUAACGCUCUGAUACCAAAUAAAGUAGCUCGAACACACACACGAUUAUAAAGAACUUGCUCUCUUUAUUGAAUGCCUUAGAAAAUAUGCUCAAAACUAAAACACUCCUCUAUCGUUAUAUCAAUACCACAACUCGGUAUGUAUAUAUAUAUUAGAGUAGAUUUCCUUUUCCUAAUAGUUAUAGAUAACUCCUAAGACUACUAGGUUUAUCUUAAGCUUGUCUUAUCCUUAUCCAACUUGAUAAAGGAUAUCUUGAGCUUCAAGCUAUCAAAGCUUACCCAACACUGUGGUCUCUACAUUUCCUCCGUCUGCUUAAAACAGUUCAGUUUCCAAACCUCACAACUUGUCCCAACUCCUAUCACUACUCGGAUUCAUUACCCAAAGCCACAGACUUUCAAUAGAUCUGAAUGUGGGCACAAUCCAGUGAGGUUCUUUGCGAUACUCUCAAUGCAAAGAUCAGGAAGCGGCUGGUUCGAAACGUUGUUAAACAGUCACGACAACGUGAGUUCCAACGGAGAGAUCUUCUCGGUUUUGGACCGGAGAAGGAACGUUUCUUCAAUCGUUAAGACUCUUGAUAGAGUUUAUAAUCUGGAUUGGUUUACGAGCGCUUCGAAGAACGAGUGCUCUGCUGCGAUUGGGUUCAAAUGGAUGCUUAACCAGGGUUUGUUGGAUAACCACCAAGAGAUUGUUGAUUACUUUAACCGGAGAGGCGUCUCCGCUAUAUUUUUAUUCAGAAGGAAUCCUCUGAGGAGAAUGGUUUCUGUGUUGGCUAAUUCUUAUGAUCGCUACGCUAAGCUUUUGAAUGGAACACACAAGUCUCAUGUUCAUUCUCCUGAAGAGGCAGAUGCACUUUCUAGGUACAAACCUGUAAUCAACUCAACAUCGUUGAUCCAUGAUUUGCAUGAAACAGAGAGUUUAGCUGCAAAGGCAUUGGAAUAUUUCAAUACCACUCGUCAUAUGGUUGUAUUCUAUGAAGAUCUCAUAACAAAUCGAACGAGACUGGAACAAGUUCAAGAGUUUUUGAACAUUCCUGUGAAGAAUUUGUCGAGCAGACAGGUGAAAAUACAUAGAGGGGAUUUGUCAGAUCACAUCAAGAACUGGGAAGAUAUAAACAAGACGUUGAAUGGGACUGAGUAUGAGAAGUUUCUACGAGCAGAUUACUAAGUGUUUUUUUUUUCUUUUAAUUAUGCCAUGACUCUUUUCUUCUACGUUUAAUUAAAGGUUUUGCAAAAUGCAAAAUGCAAAAUAGGGGGUCUUUCUUGUUUUGGAACUUAUAUAUUAGCAACUGGCUUGUAUAGGGGACUGGAAGAUGUUUGCUUUUGGAGUUAAUUGCUCCCUUUUAGAGAUCAACGUGAAAAUUCUUUCUUAAA